AUGAGCGUCGGCCAGGAGAAGAGUCCGUCGGAAGCCGCGCCGCUGUUGCCCACGACCGCGGCCGACCCCAAAGUCGAAGCUGGGUCCGGCCACCAUGCGCUGCUCGGCCUCGGGUGUGUCACCAUGUCGUCGCUGUGCUUCGGCUCCAUGGCCGUCGUGAUCAAGUACAUGACCUUCACCUUCUCGGCCAUGGAGGCCACGUUCUGGCGCUCUGUGGGCGUCCUCGUGUGCAACUACGUCGUUGUUCUGCUUACUGGGACGAAGCUCUACGUUCCCCCUGAGCACCGUCGGAUGCUGAUCUACCGCUGCCUUACGGGCUUCAUCUCCAUGGGCUUCUCGUUCUACGCCAUGUCUCAAAUGGUGCUUGCGGACGCGAGCUCGCUGAUCUUUAUCAGUCCAGUCUUGACCAUGUUCUUCGGUGCGAUCUUCCUGCACGAGAGGAUUGAGACUGUGAGCCUCAUUUGUGCGAUUGCAUCGUUUGGUGGCCUCGUGUGUGUGGUGCGACCGGGUUUCCUGUUCGGCUAUGACCAUCCCACGGCUUCAACGGAUGCUUCAUGGGUCGGGGUGUGCUCUGCACUGCUCGGUGCCUUGAGCCGAGCGUUUGUGUUCCUGACUGUGCGUCAGCUGAGGGGGCUGAACGCGGUCGUUAUCGUACACUACUUCGCGGUGGCUAGUGUCAUCAUGUCCGGCCUGUGGCUAGCGCUGGUUGAACAGUCCUUCUACAUCCCGUCGACGUUCGUGCUCUGGAGAGCCGUUAUAGCAACCGGAGUCUUCGCGUUCGGCGGCCAAGUGUGCCUCACGAUUGGCUUCCAACUUGAGAAGGCCGGCAUCGCUGCCGUUUUGCGCUAUACGCAGGUGGUCUUUGUCUUCAUUUUGGACUCGGCCAUUCUGGGCGAGCACAUCAAUCACUGGAGCGUUGUCGGAGCGUUGAUAAUCCUCAUCUGCGCCGUGGUGAUUGCCGUGCGCAAGAUACACACGAGUGCCUAG